AUGCGUCGUCGCCAGCUCCUCUACAAUAGCAAGGGCAUCCGGAUCGAUGGAAAUUUCAAAAUGGCUAAACGGUUGCUGCUGGAUGACUCCGAAGACCCUUGCACGGUGUUGCUGGGGUUAUGUGGGACCGAUGGGUCGCUCCUGGAUCUGCUGUCUCCUUUGAAAGGUGAAUGGUGGGAGCCUAUCAGCAGCGUACUCAAGCCUUUGCUGCAAGACAUCCGAGACACCUUCCUGCAACAAGGAUACACCGCUCAGGAAGCUCGCCCCGUGUUCUUCACCACAGACUCCUACGGCAAGCAUCACCUCAAGCUGAAGCAGCUUUUCCAGGAUGUUUUUCCAGAAGGACGACUCGAGCCAGCACACGAGACCCCCAAAGCCAUUGCGAGUGGCAAGAAGGUGCGUGCCUUCGACCUCUAUGGCGAGGGCACCAUCAUCGCGGGUGAGCCUCUGCACGACCUGUUCAAACUUCGCUCUCUCACAAGUGUUUACGCAAAUGAUAGCUUUGACAUGUUGUUGGACCACAAAGAUGCACUCCUCAGGUUGUCGCGCCCACAGCACGUCCCUGCAGCCGGUCAGGCGAGGGUCGACAAUCCAGAAUUGCGCGGAAAGGCACUUGAACUCUUGCGGCUCGCAGUGAAGCUACCCAAAUCAAAAUACCAAGCCGAGGCAAGUAAACCUGCUCCCUCAGUCUCGGCGGAGCUGCGCAGUUUCUUGCAGCAUCCCAAUGUCCAGAAGGCUCCGGUUUGGCUCGCCACUUUCCAUGCUAUUCCACCGCGAAGGACAUUGCAAAGACUUGCUGCUGCUGCUGAUGCAGUCCUUCAUGCCCGGAAUCAAGGCCAUGGCUACGGCUGUGAUGAAGAUUUUCGAGUCGAGAUUCAGCGUAUACUGGAUUGGUACACACCAGGCCGCAAGUCUUGCCGCCGCAAGCGCGGAAUACGCCUUGGUAUGAAGGACACGCCCUGGAAGCCCGGCCGCCGCAGUGCCGUGACCUUUCAGGUCCGCAAACAUUUUAGGACGUUGCUGGACCAUCGUAUGGAGGGUUUGCUGCGGUGGCGAUUGGCAGCACAAGCCCUCAUAGAGGCUGGUGAAAAAAUCGUGCAUUCAGGCACCAUGCCGUGUGAGCGACUCUGGGCCAACUUCUCCAGCUUGUUGCCUCAAGAGAACCGGUUGAUGUCCAGACCUUGGUGGUACCUCUUGAACUGCCUUGGCUACCUUCGUCUCAACUAUGCACACUUCAACCGUGACCACUACCCUACAUGGUGUGAAGCGGACCCGCUGCUGGCUACGAACCUGGACGACUUGAUCAGCAUGACCCAGCUUCUCCGCAAAGACUCCUUGGGACAACAUCCUGAAGUUGUGGUCGCUCUGCAGCAAGCCUUUGCGACAUCGAACUAG